CCGUACCCGGUCCAUGAGCGGACCCUAUAGAAUGGACAGCCAGCCAGACGAAGACCAGGGUGACAUAUCUCUCUCACUCGCAGCAGCCAGGACUCCCACACGUCGCACAAGCCCAUCGCAACCAACUCCAGCCAUCGACUUGGAUGUCGCGGUUCCCCAACCAAAACGGCUUUUCUUAGAGCCACAACGCGCAAGAGGGGUAUCGACGGACAAACUGAUUAGCGCGACCACCAACACCCAUAGUCGUAACGAGUCUGCCGGUAAUGACCUUAGUGACGAUGGAGCAACCACUCCCGAAUCCAUAACGCGCAAGUUUUGGGACGGCAAAGCCUCAGAUAUAGGUCCCAGACCAUCGUCCGCCCAGCCUCCAGUUUCAGAAAAUCCAUCUCAAGACGCAUUCUCCCCGUUUCCCGCCCAGCCACCUGCAAGGCGUACACCUUCAAGCUUAGGUCGCUCCCGUUCGCUCAACGUCCGUAUGCCUUCUGCCGAUACGUCUUGUCGCCAACUGGGAUCCAGCUCGACCCCCCUGUCAGCUACAGAGGUCUGUCCGACUCCGUCCGACAAGAUUGGCUGGGCUAGGCGCCCAGGUGAGCCCAGGCCGCCGCCGCUGAUGAGCGAAGAUGUCGCAAGAAAGAUGGGAAGAUGGGUCAAGGAGAUUGUUGUCUGUAACUUUGACUUGGAGAGAGGGCCUGUGGUAGAGCGAAGGGCAGGCGGGAGACGGUGGGGACUUGGUGAAAAGGAAAAUGUAGCAUUCUCUUCAUUCCCAGAUACAUCUCUCUUCAGCGAAGGCACUAUCCUUUUCUCCUUCAAAAUUCGACAUAUAUCCCCAGAUCCUGUUACUCUUGCAAAGCCUGAACCUCUCUCGCCUCUUCCCAAAGAGAAAAGUAUGGAAGAACGGUUGAUGGAUACGACGGUCCAGGACACUGAAGGUUCCCCUGUUGAUGUCAUGCCUGGAAACGGGACGGUACCGGCAUUGAUGAGCACUGGGCAAAAGGCGGAAGAGUAUAGAAAGUGGGAUGAGAGAGGGAGAGAGUGGCUAUACGGAUUUGUGUGGUUUGAGCAAAGGAGAGAUAAGAGAAUAACCAGGGGUUAUAUGCAGAAAUCACUGGUAAUCCUCACACACCUUCCAUUCCCAGCACUAUUUUCUGCUGUUCAGCAGAAGAUUGCUCCCAACUUUUUCGAAUACGGGUAUUCUGCCAUUGAAGCCGCAUGCCACUCCAUUGCCUCCUGGCCUGACCCUACGCCGGACACAGUCCUUCAUCUCCCUCUUCUCUCUGACAUCAUAACUGUCAAACUCCCGGACACCACAGAAAAUCCACAAAUCCUCAAGAUCGCUCCUGCCUCCCCUUUACCUGUUCCCAUCCUUGCCUCCCUUCCUACGUCCUCUCCUCUUCGAGCAUUUGCCCCUUUUAUCGCAUCUCUUUGGUCAUUAUGGGAAUGCCUCAUACUUGCCGAACCCAUCCUUAUCAUUGCGCCCGAUCCACGGACAUGCUCCGAGAUUGUCUGGUGGCUCCGUGACUUUCUCCGACCCAUUCCGCCCACCGGCGAUUUCAGGCCUUACCUCCAUAUUCACGAUCACGACCUCCCCCUUUUGAUCAAUGCGAACAAACCCCAGCCAGGAGUCGUGGUAGGAGUUACAAAUCCAUUCUUCCGGAAUGCGGCUUCUCAUUGGCCGAAUGUGAUUAGUAUUCCAUCACAGCGAGGCAAGCGGAAACCGACAGGAGGAGCAGGCUCAGGUACGGGAACAAUAGGCGGAGGUGUAGGUGGAUGGGAAGAGCCGGAAGGAUUUAUUAGUCGACGGACAAGGAGUGUGCAGAAGGACAGGGUGUUAUUGAAACGAUUAGAAGGAUUGAUAGCAGAGGGUAAGCUCGAUGAUCCAGCAGGGAAUGAGGCUCUUCGAACACAUUUUCAGCAGAUAACUGAACGGUUCCUCGUUCCUCUCAAUCGAUACUUUCAGACUCUCGUCCCGACUCGAACACCACAACCCAGCAGCCGAUCUUCAUCACCCUUCCCAACCUCCUCGACGACCCCGUCUAUCAACACUCCUAACCCCACCUCAACCCAUCUUUCGCCACUCCCACAAUUUCCACACCCUUCCCCUACGUUCUCAUUGCACACAGCGACAUCAACAGCUGGGAUCCGGCCCUUUUCCCUUCCGACUUUCCUCUCCCAUCUUCGCACAUCCGGUCCUAACCCCUUGCUGUUCAAGACAAAAGGUCUCACGAGCAAGUCAAGGGUGGAAAACGAUUUCUACGCGAGUUUCUGUAUGAGUCCUGGGUUUGCAGGUUGGUUAGCCGGAAGGGUGGAUAGCUUGAGAGCUGUACUUGGAGGAGGGGCAAAUGGCAUAACGGGAAAUCAGAAGCCGAUGAGAAGAGGUUUGAAUAUCGUGCAAAAAACGCCGCCGAGAGGGAAAUCUCCUCAUUCCCAGACUCGAUCGGUCAGCACGACUGUACCUGCGUCAUCUCCAGGUGCGAGGCGUUUGAAUGCUCGCGGGGGAAGUGAAGGGUCGACACCUCGACCGCCUUUUGGUCGGUCUGCGUCUGUCGGGUUGGGGAUUACAGGUCCGGUGAUCUAUGGUGAGCCGGAGACUACAAGGGAAGAAGAUGAAGAAAAGGUUUGAGAGGGAGCCUGGGUAGUAUGAGGUUGAAAAUGGGGGCAGAUCACAGAUCUGGAGGAUGUGGUGUAACUAUUGUGUACAAGUAGUGUUCGCUUCGUGUACUAAGGACUGUACCUUCAAUCUAGCAUUCGUAAAUCAAUUAGCAUUAAAGAACAAUAAAAGUUCUGUAAGCAACGGGUUCAUUUCCGAUGACGAAAACCAUCGUCAGGGAUGCAUACGCAAAUACGAGUCCUG